AUGGCUAUCACACGACAACAAACGAAACGCAAAGCGACGGUAGGGGAACCCGCCGGGUCGCCACCACCAAAACGACCACCAAAAUCACCACCAAAACGCCUCCAACACGACAGCAACAAGCGAUGCGCCUUCCUUUCACUGCCUCGAGAACUACGCGACGAAGUCUACAAACACUUAUUGGAAUCAGACAGCUCCACCACGAUGAAACAGCGCAACUUCAUCAUAAAAUCCGGCCUCGUAGGAACCAACCGCCAAAUCUGCGAGGAAUUCCUCGACGCCGUCCUCUUCUACGCUCCCACCAUCAAUACCACAGUCCGCAACCACAACUUCGCGCACAUAGUAACCUUCCUGAACCGGCUCUCAGCCGCACAGCUCGCGCGCUUCCAAUCCAACCAAGUGGCGACCCAGCAGCGCCGACGCAAGAUCCGCAUCACGCUCACUUACUCGCCCACGAAGCAGAGCACCAGGCCGCAGCUGAACCGCUGGCUGGACCGGUUCGACGAUCCGAAGCGCAGGGGUGCGGAAAUUCAGUUCGAAUACGAGCUUGAUCGCGCGAGCUGGCGCAAUGGUGGGUAUAAGCAGAGACCGCACAUGAUGGCAACGGCUGGACCAAGGAGUAAUGAGGAGAGGCGUAAGAUGAUAGCUUUGAUGAAGUACACGGGGGGAGGAUUAUUUUAUCCGGGCAUCUGA